AUGUCAAAAAAGAGCAAGACGCUGGAAUGGCCCUCGGAUUCUGACCUGGACGAGCUAUCUAUACGCAGCAGCGAGCUGUCGGACCUUGACAGCGACGUCGACUCGCUGGGCUCCAUUGUGAGCUGUGCAAACUCGUGGAUUGAGGACGCCCGCUACGCCACGCCAGCUGAGAAGACGCUGUCGUUCGUGUCGUACCUGUCUCUUGUGACCAUUGCCUGCAGUCUCUAUCUCGCCAUGCAAGCCGCCAACUCGGUGCGAAAGGUGAUGGGCGUGCUGUCCAACAGCGUGUGGCCCAAUGCGGCCUUUUUGUGCGCCGCGCUGCUCGGCGGUACUUUUAUCGGGGCGCUGCUGGCUACACGGUACCGCUCCCGGCGCAUCUUGCUGAUCAGCCAGGCUGCCAUGUUGGUGCUGUACUCGGCCUUCUUGGUGAUUCUGUGCGGCGUGGUGCUGCAGCCCACGGCGGUGGACCCCAAGCUGCGCGACGUGGCCUGUGUCAAGUACAGCAAAUCUGACCAAGGCUCCAGGCUGUGCAAGAUGCUGCCCGCCAUCGAGCGCAACCUUGCGGACCAGAUGUACAACCUUGCUUGGGCUGGCGGACUGGCGGCCACAAGCUCACUGACGUGUCUCACAAUCAGCAUCUGGUAUCUACACGAGCUGGCAUACAUUGAGAAGAAGGCCAUUAAGCACAAGCGCCGCCACAAGCGCCGGAAGCAUUCCAUUCCUUGGGAGAAGAUCAAGAUUGUCGGGCCGGUCACCAAGUGUGGCGGUGGCGGCGGUGGAGGUGCGGUCGGCAGCGGUGGCGGUGGCAAGUGCCCUGUCGCCCAUGGCGGCGGCGGUGCAGCGGCCCCUGCAGGGAACGUGUCGAAGUUUCCAGUGUCCGGUGGAUUAGUUGUUCCCAAAUCCGCGGCGGCUAAGAAGAACGAGUGA